GUAAGGAUUAAUUGUUUAUGAGAUCACUGAAUGAAACAUUCUCUUCAACAUUAUAUAUUUUAAUAUGCAUGAGAAUUAACUCAAUGAAUAAAGUUAGCCUCAUCAAUCACAUUGGCUGUAAGAGCUUAUUGCUUAAAGUAAUUCAAUCAUUUAUAAAUUUAUACCAAGGAAUAUUUUCAGUUCUGUGAAAAAUUAUACAUAGCUUGUAGCCAUCCUCUUAAAGACAUAUAAAAUCUAAAAUGUACUUUUCUACUGGUGCUUUCUAUUCAUUGUACUUUACAAAUUUAAUUAUCAUCAGAUCCAAUAUAAAUGACAUGAGAAUUACAAACCAAGCAACUAUAUUUCAUCUUCUUUAUAUGAGUUUACAUUCAGUAUUUUGCAAACCCUGAAAGCUAAGUUGAAGUCAAGUGGUAUCAAACAUAGUUAGACAUUAUAUCUGAAUUUUAAGUUACAGUUGAAUUAAUUCAGCUGCCGGGAGGAGAGAUUAAAAAUAAAAGAGAGACAGUUGGAAGAAAACAGAUUAAAGAACAGCACAGAGCAAUAUAUAGAAUAAAGACACAAAAUACCGUAGUCAAAAACUGAGGAUAAACAUAUUCUCUGGUUCUAAUUAUGUCCUUCAGCUAUCCAAUAAAUAUAGCUCUAAUUCUGUCAUUUGCAUAAGGCUUAAGCCAUCUAAAAUUAAUCUUUAUAUGGUUAUUGCAGAAUAAACAUUCAAGAGUUAGGUUACACAAGUUAUUUAUUGAUUAAUUUUUGGGUAUUUUUGAACUUACUAAAGCAGGACUUUUAAGAACCAACCAUAGUUAAAAGGAAAUGAAAAAGAACAGGUGCCUUCCACAGUAGCUGAUUAAUUACUAUCAAGGAUUAAAGUGUAUAGGAAAACAUAUGGUAAGGAUUUAAACAAGACGACAGAUGUAUUUGUAUCAGGAACUUAUCAGAUAAACCUCUAGAAUUUAGUGAGUAGACAGAAUAAUUACUCUAUUUGAAUGGUGAUCAGUGCAAUUGGCAAGGAUUGAUGGCUUUAUAAUUACAUAAUAAAUUAUUAUAUGCAGUGCUCUUUUCCCUGUAGCUACAACCAUUAUUUAAAAGAUAAGUCUAAUAUAUUUUUUCCAACAUAUCUGGUAACUCAGCUAUUUUCUUCUGCAAGAUAGCAAGUUUGCAUGUCCCACAUUUCUAGGGGGAAAAAAUUAACACAGUAAGUCCAUAUUUUAGACAGCAACGUAGUUUUAGACGUUUAUAUCCACCUUUCCUUUAGGAAUGCAAUUUAUUGCUUUUCCUAUCCCCUAACAUAUGCCCUGCAAGGUACUUAAGGCUGAGAAAAGUAAUAGUCUCAAAGUUGCCCAGUUUAGCUUCCAAAGCACAGGGUGAAUUGGGAUGUGUGCGUGUCCCAGGUUCUCCAGGACCAGGUGAAGGCAGGCCACCCAACGCGGGACUGGAUAAACAAGCCAAGCACUUCAGCCCCUGGCUUUCAGCGCUCAGAAAGUCCGUGUACUUGAAUAAAAUACAGCGCUAAAUACACCGACACUCGAUGCAGUGGGACGUUUUUUUAACCUUCCUCUCCGUUUAAAGUACGUUUUACAUACGGCGAAGUUCCGCGAAGCGAGCGCUUUUUAAGCUUAAAGGUUGCCCUCCCCGCAGUACAUUAUUUGGGAAAUGCCCUUUGUGAAAGGGACCUGCCCGACAGGCUUUUACAUUGGCCGCAGCGCCUUCGGAGGCUUUCACACAGCACGUGGCUUCGGUUUGCCACCUUCUCGCCCCCGGCGCCACCCAAGGAGACCAAAUGGCAAGAAGCGAGAGGAGCCGAUUCCAACGGAAUUCCUCGAAGACAGACAAAAUGGAAUGAUAACUUGGGUGAACGUCAAUGAAUAAAGCCCCUUCUGCAAAUGUAGGGCAGAAGGCCAAUGGUGCAAACAGUAUGGCCCUAAUGAACGGACAGACCAGUAAUAUUAAUAUUGUAGCUACUGCUUCAGAGAAGAGUAGCAGCUCAGAAUCAUUGAGUGACAAAGGUUCUACUGAAUUGAAGAAAAGUUUUGAUGCAGUAGUUUUUGAUGUUCUGAAAGUUACACCUGAGGAAUAUGCAGGCCAGAUUACACUCAUGGAUAUUCCAGUAUUUAAAGCUAUUCAACCAGAGGAACUGUCAAGCUGUGGUUGGAAUAAAAAGGAAAAAUAUAGUUCAGCACCAAACGCAGUUGCUUUUACAAGAAGGUUCAACCAUGUAAGCUUUUGGGUGGUUAGGGAGAUUCUUCAUGCACAGACAUUGAAAAUAAGAGCUGAAGUCCUAAGCCACUAUAUCAAAACUGCUAAGAAACUUUAUGAACUAAAUAAUUUACAUGCUCUUAUGGCUGUGGUUUCUGGAUUGCAAAGUGCCCCCAUCUUCAGGUUGACUAAAACAUGGGCGUUACUGAGCCGAAAAGACAAAGCUUCUUUUGACAAACUGGAAUACAUAAUGAGCAAAGAGGACAAUUAUAAAAGACUUAGAGACUAUAUUAGUAGCUUGAAGAUGACUCCUUGUAUUCCUUAUUUAGGUAUUUAUCUCUCAGACUUGACAUAUAUUGACUCAGCAUAUCCAUCAACAGGAAGUAUUCUGGAAAAUGAGCAGAGAUCAAACUUAAUGAAUAAUAUUCUUAGAAUAAUUUCAGACUUACAGCAGUCUUGUGAAUAUGAUAUUCCUGUGUUGCCUCAUGUUCAAAAGUACCUGAAUUCUGUUCAGUAUAUAGAGGAACUUCAGAAGUUUGUGGAAGAUGAUAAUUAUAAACUUUCAUUAAAAAUAGAACCUGGGACCAGUACCCCACGUGCCACUGCAUCUCGUGAAGAUUUAGUUGGUCCUGAAGUGGGUGUUUCUCCCCAAACGGUGCGAAAGAAUGCUACUGCUGAAGGAGCAUUGCUACCACCAACUCCUCCAUCUCCUAGAAACCUGAUGCCUCAUGGGCAUAGAAAGUGUCACAGUUUGGGAUACAAUUUCAUUCAUAAAAUGAACACAGCAGAAUUUAAAAGUGCAACAUUCCCAAAUGCAGGACCAAGGCAUCUUUUAGAUGAUAGUGUCAUGGAACCACAUGCUCCAUUACGGGGGCAGGCAGAGAGCUCCACCCUUUCCAGCGGAAUUUCAAUAGGUAGCAGUGAUGGUUCAGAGCUUAGUGAAGAAACUUCUUGGCCAGCAUUUGAAAGGAACAGAUUAUACCAUUCUCUUGGUCCGGUGACAAGAAUAGCACGAAAUGGCUAUUGGAGCCACAUGAAGGGCAGCAGUUCUGCGGAGUCGGAAGAUUUAGCUGUUCAUUUGUAUCCAGGAGCCGUUACUAUUCAAGGGGUUCUUAGAAGAAAAACUUUGUUGAAAGAGGGGAAAAAACCAACAGUAGCUUCUUGGACCAAAUACUGGGUGGCUCUAUGUGGAACACAGCUUUUCUACUAUGCUGCAAAGUCUUUGAAGGCUACAGAGAGAAAACAUUUCAAAUCUACACCAAGUAAGAAUGUGUCAGUAGUGGGUUGGAUGGUUAUGAUGGCUGAUGAUCCAGAUCAUCCGGAUCUUUUCCUACUCACUGAUUCUGAAAAAGGCAAUUCAUACAAAUUUCAAGCUGGAAACAGAAUGAAUGCAAUGCUGUGGUUCAAGCAUCUAAGUGCUGCCUGCCAAAGCAACAGACAACAGGUUCCUGCCAAUUUAAUGACUUUUGAGUGACCAGCUACUGCAGAAUUUGAUUCAAGAAUUUGAUCCAUCCACUUUUGAAUGCUAUUUCAUGAUCUGAGAAGUCCUGUUGAAGGCACGCCAGCUGUACUUCUGACUAGGAAGUAAAUAGAAGUUCUGAAUAAAAGCACUAAGAUUUCAGGGAAUGGAAUGUGACAUGAACUACCGUGAGGCUUGCUGCUAUUCAAUAUUCUCUGAACUGACUUGUGGAAACCACUGCCUUAAAGAAUGAAAGGUUAUCCAACAUGAAACACCAAAUUUGUGUGUGUGUGUGUGUGUGUGUGUGUGUGUGUGUGUGUGUAAAACCUCUGACGGUGCUGUGCUUAGGUUAAGUAGGUUGUAGCUAGUUUGUAUUUGUGUUUACUUUGUUACAAUUUAAUUUUAAAGCCCUGCUUUUUGCAGCUUUUCUUGUUGUAAAAAGGAGUACAUCUGAAACUUAAGGGUGUUUCAAGAGGUGUUUGUGCAAGGGGAUAGCCUGUGUUUUCUUGAAAAAUAUGCAGCUUAUAUCUGUGUCCCUCUGUAUUAGCUCUUGUGCUCAGCUAAUUGAGGACACGGUAUAAUUAGUUUAGCUUAGAAUGUAACAACUGUAAUAUAUGCAAAUUUAUCUUCUUUUUAUAAAGCACUGACUUUGCAGAAUUUGAUACUACAUGAGGUUUUUCUUUUUUGCAAGUGACACAAGAGCCAAUAUAUUCAUUCUUUUUUUGAGAGAGAGAGAGAGAGAGAGAGAUCUUGGUUGUCAGUUUCAAGGAAGCUCUGGGAAACAUCAGGAGGUCAGAACUGAGCAUUUAAUCUCAACAUAUUUUCAGACAAAACACCCUCAUUUCUCCAAGAAACAGUUUACAUACACAUUGUAUGCUUUUCCACAAGCACAUUUACCCCUGAAAAUCUUUAUUGCUGCCUAUUAAAUAUUGUUUUACAGAUGAAAACCUUAUAUUUUCCUUUUUGUAGAAGAAGCACAUGAUUGGGAUUAGGAAUUUUUUCAUUUCUUUUAUGACAGAGCUGGAAGCCAUCUCUCUGUAGCAUAAAUUUAUUUGUGUAUAGUUUGCAAAAGUCACCUCCUACAAAAUCUGAAAAAUCUGCAAGUCAGUGGUGGGAUUAAUUACAAGUAGGUUUAGUUUAGUGUAAGAAAAGAUAGGUUGACAUGUCACAUAUUUCCUUUAAAAAACAGCCUACCACCACAUGAGAUAAUUUGUAAAGAAAUUCAUGCUCUAAAAAUUUGUCUGUGUUACUGUGAUAGCAUGAUACUUUGAAUUAGACAAUUUCAGAGCCUUCACAUGGUAAUAAUUUUAAUCACAAGAAAACAAGGUCAGUUGAAAUCAACUUCAUCAGUGCUAUAGUCCAGUUAAUAAGAAUAUAUAUAUAGACUGAAGUUAUAAAGAGUAACUCAAAUUAAUGUGUGCGUAGAAUGUCACUGGUUCGUGUAUCUAAAGGAUAUGUUUUCUAAAAGGCUUUUUCCUGCUAGUAGGAUAGGCAAAAAUGGCAGCUGUCCACAGAAGGAAAUAAUAAGGUUGACAUAAAACUUUCAUGCAAAGUACAAUGAAAAAAAAUGGGGACAUUAAAAUUAUCCACUUUUAAAAUCUGUUUCUGUUGUUCCUGCCAAAAAGAAGUUCACAAUAUAUUUAAAUUUUGGAUUCUUGGGGAAUUAAUACUCAGUUCUGACCUUCUAGUGAUAUUUGUUAUAAAAGGAGACCUUGCAUGUUCUUGACUUGCUUAGUUUACACAUCUGCCAAUAAAUAACACAGGAUGUUUCAAGGGAACAUCUUUAUAGCCAGCAGUAUUACUAUAUAGAGUUUGCACAAUUUGAUUUCCACUUUUCAGAGUUUAAAAAAAGCAUCCCAUUUUUUAAUGUUGUGGAAUGGAAUCCUGUGGAAUUCGUUUGUUCUAAAAAAAGUGCAGAAGAUCCAAUUGAUCACCAUUCUUAUGAGUAGAAAGAUGCAACUGCAAACCACAGCUUAAUUAGGUAUAGAGUUUUGAAAGAUAAAAGGUCGACUCAUGCCAGUUUUUCAUAUGAUGUCUACUAUGGUUAGUUUUGGCAUGUUGAAUGAGUACUUUUGAACAUUUACAAUAUUUGAUUCAGAUUAUAAAACAUCAUACAUAUUUUCUGAGAUACAUCAUUUUUGAAGCUUAUGUAACAUUUUCACAACUAAUUUGUUACGUCAAAAUGUUUCUCAAAAGGAAAUGGAUGGUUUGGAAGGGAGCACACACAAAAGUAGGCACAUGCAUCAGCUCAAAACCAGGUUGGAAACUUGUUUUUGCCCAAUAGACUAAAUACCGAAAACAGCAAAAAGUAGUAAAAAUUUCAACAAAUAUAAAUAUAUCUGUUUAAAAGCUUUACUUAGCCUAUGUCCUGUAAAUAGCAAAUUGGGGUAUUAUACUUUUACAGCUUUUGGCUUUCUCAUACACAUUUUGCAGUUUUUGUAUUUAUUUGUUUUGAUUUAAUCUAUUUGAAAAAAAACUUUCAAACCUUGAAGCAUUCCAGAUUUUAUGGUAGUUUUAAAGGUUGCACUUAUAAAAAGAUCUAUUUAAUUUCUAACAAUUUGCUUCAUUCAUCAGUUAAAUCUCAGUAAUGUAAAAUUUUAUAGUUCAUACUAUGAAUAAUAUGCUUUAAUAAUAAUUUAAAAAAUGCAUCAGAAAAUCUAAAUACUGUUUGAGUGUGAAUGAAGCAUUUUGUUUGGUAGUACAAGUUUCUUCUAAUUAAUUGAGCUAGAUACAUAGAUGCUAAUAUUAUCAGGGAUUGUUUUUAUAAUAAUUAAUAGAAAAUAGAACAAGUUCCAUUUUUACUAUAACAAAAAACACUGGAUUUUUGGUAUAUAAAGACAUAUUCCACUAAAAUAUAUUUUAAUAUUUCAUCUAAACACAAAUCAAGUUGCAAGAAAUGUUUAAUUCUAAAAGGCAAGAUCGGUUACAAGAAACACUAAUCUGGUCGGUUCAACUGUGAAAUGCCUUAUAUGUUUUCAUUUCAUACAUGAACACACACACACACACACUACACACCACACACAGACUGUUUCUUCAUCUUGCAUACUGUAAAUGAAGAAUCUCUAUUGCAUAUGCCCAACUGAGCCUUAGUUAGAAACUUUCUGAUUUCCUCUCAUUUUUAUAAAAUGCAGGGGUCAUGGGUUCUGAGUAUCUCACUACUCGUUAUUCUGAAAAGUUGAUAGCAGUUUCUCAGAUUUCAGUUAGCCCACAUGAAGCUGGUUGAAUAAUACUGUCAGACUACUUUGUAAAAUAUCAGCUGAGAAGAUUUUCCUUGUAAUGAAAUUUUAACUUGCACUGCUUCAUGCACAAAUGAUCCACACACACUUUUCUAUAUACAUUAAGACAUGGAUAAAGCUGCUUUUCAGAACACAUUAGAUGAAAUGAAAAAGUUUGUUUCAGCUAUUUAUCUAAAUUGUAUUUGAACCAUAGAACAUUUACUCUAGAUAUUUUAUAGACAUACUAUUUUCAAAUAGGGUUAAGUGAGCUUUUUGGAUUUUUUCCUAAUUUUGUGGCAUAUUCCUGUACCCUUGUGUCAGAUCAACCAAAUAUGUGGCAAAUUAGGUUUCCUUGUAAUGCAAGCAUCAAGUGGCUCAAGUUGCAUCUUUCUUCCUCAUAUUUUUGUGCAUAUUGCUUUUUUCAGUUGUUAGCAUUCUUAAAACUUAAUUUUCUAAUUUGGAAUAUUAUAUUUUAUGAAAACUUGAAGACACUAAAAUUUGAAGUAAAGAAUCAUUUUUACUUUCUCUGAAAAGUCUAUCUGGCCUAGGUUUGGGGAGUUUUGAGUCACUCUCUUUUCCCAUUUAAAAAUGGCCUGUAUCCAACCUUAAAAUUUACAUUUAAAAAUAAGACAGAAACAGAAUAUUCAUUCAGAGGAGUGUAACAUUUCCUGCUCAUCAUGAGAUGAGCCUUUUAUAUCUAUAUAAGAUUUUUGCCAGUGCCUUAAUUACCAGUUUGAAAGACCAAGGUGGCAAUCCACCAAGUAUUAUUUCUAUGCAUUCCACUACUCAUGUAAAUUGGGCUUUGCAGAAACUCCAAUUAAAUAACUGGAAUUGUUCAGCCAGUAGAAAAGCUUAAUUUUUCUUUGCUUAUUUCUGUUUUGAAAGUCAAGCUUUAUGUUCAGUAGACCCAGUAAAAAACCCUUUUAAUUUGAAUAAGUUUUGGUUCAUUGAUUUUAUACAAGGAAUUUUUGUGCAUUUGUGAGCCAGUUCACACUUUUGCAUAAACUCCUCUGUAUGUGACCUAGGCAACAGGACUAGGCAAUGGAUGCCUCAAGUAUUCCUUCAGACCCUCCUCUCACCAUCAUCACCAAUGCAAGAUCUUGCCCUGGAAGUGCAAGUUUCACUGAAUCAUUUAAUUAAUUUUGUAAAAAUCCAUUUUGAAACUGCAAGAUAGAAACCAGUUUUUAAAGAAUCAGUUAUACAUGAGGAGCUAAUAUAUUUCUUUCUAAACUGUAUAAUAUCUGAAUUUUGAGAAAUAAAUUUUCAGCAAGACUAAGAAAACUUAAAUUCUGAAGGCCAUGACUAUUAGCUCUCUAGGUUAAUUUUUCCACAUAUAUGAUAGAGGAGAAUUGAACAACAGGAUUUAUAAUUGAAUGCAACUUAAAUAGCAAGAGUUAAGUCUUUUGCAAAGAUACUGGACCAUACACAGACUAUAGUGAAGAGUGUGAAAGCAUAUUACAGUCUAAGGUUUUUCACAACUUUCUGAAACAAAGCUGCAGACAUAUCAACAUGUUUUAUGAGUUCAGGUGUCAUUGAAAAUCUUAAAUGAAAUGUGUCCAAAGCCUCUUCUUUGCAGUGGACAAAUCGGCACUUCUUUCCCUGAAAAAAAUAUUUAUUUUUAUUACUAAUUAAUGGGCUUACUUUACCAUAAACGUAUUAGAAGAUGUGGAAAAGGGGGAUUUUAGUGAAAUCUUGUCUUUUUGUAUCUCUUAAUAAUAACGUAAUUUAUAGUUAUUCACAUCCUUAAGAACUUCACUUAUGUAAAAACAUGCAAAGUCUACAUUAUGCUACACACAAGCCAUUUUAGUAUAUUUUCCUCCAUUUGACCUCAAACUAUUUUGAUGGGGGUAAAUGCACUAUGACCUCUAUGAGUGAUGUGCAGUUUAGCUGUUCCUUGUCCUUUUUUCUUAGUUUUUUAAAAUAUUUUACCACGUGUGUAUGUUUGAACUGUGUGUUUACAUAAGCUGUUUCAAGAUAGCUUAAUGUAUGAACUUAAAAUGGAUUUUUUCCUACUGAAAUAAAUUACUUAAAAUUUG